CACCCAUAAUGGAAGUGGUUCUGGAAAUCACUCUAUGCGUACACCACAUGAGCGUGGUUUGGGGAACUCAAGGUUGUUGUUCACCUACGAACAACUAGUUGAUGCCAGUAAUGGAUUUUCAGACCAGAAUCUCUUGGGCCAAGGUGGUUUUGGUUUUGUGUACAAAGGAACUCUCGCAGAUGGUAAAGUAGUAGCUAUUAAGCUAUUAAGGAUCGGUGGAGGGCAGGGGGAACGGGAAUUCACCUCCGAAGUUGAGAUAAUUAGCCGUAUACACCACCGUCAUUUGGUCUCACUUGUAGGUUAUUGCAUUUCUGGGGAGAGAAGAGUGCUUGUAUUAGAUUAUGUUCCUAACAAUACCCUCUACUUCCAUCUUCAUGCUGAAGGCCGGCCUGUCUUGGAAUGGGGUACACGUGUGAAGAUUGCUAUUGGGGCAGCUCGUGGGAUAGCUUACCUUCACGAAGACUGUCAACCUCGUAUUAUCCAUAGAGAUAUCAAGUCGUCAAAUAUCCUUCUGGACAUAAACUUUGAAGCUCAGGUUUCUGAUUUUGGACUAGCUAAAAUAGCUAUGGAUGCGAAUACACAUAUCAGUACACGUGUAAUGGGAACUUUUGGAUACAUGGCACCUGAGUAUGCAUCCAGUGGCAAGUUGACUGAAAAAUCCGAUGUGUUUUCCUUUGGAGUCGUGCUAUUAGAGUUGAUAACUGGACGAAAGCCUGUAGAUACAUCUCAGCCUUUAGGGGAUGAGAGCCUCGUUGAAUGGGCCCGACCAUUGUUAAGCCAAGCUAUCGAGACAAACGAAUUUGUGGGACUAGCAGAUCCAAGACUAGCAGAGAAUUUUGUUGCUGAUGAGAUGGUCCAACUGAUUCAAGCUGCAGCGGCUUGUGUUCGCCAUUCAUCCAUGAACAGGCCCUCAAUGGGACAGGUUGUGAGGGCUUUUGACAGAAUGGUGACCCCAGAUUUGACAAACGGGGUGAGAGUCGGGGAAAGUGAAAUAAUCAACUCUACUGAACAAUCUGAAGAGAUCAGGUUGUUUCAGAAGUGGGCAUUUGGAAGUAAAGAAGUUAGUAGUGAUUUCUUCAGUGGGAGCAGCGAGUGCAAUCCGCAAAGUGGCCGGAGAGAUUGAUGGAAUUGAGUUGCAGUUUCCAAUCAAGAAUGAAUUUUUUUGAAGGAAAUGAAAUAUGGCAAAUGAUGCUGGUUGAGAGAAAAUCGAGAUGGAAGAUCGAAACAUUCUUGCUGCAGACUGCAUUGUCCUGUGCUGCUGCUGCCAAUGCAUGAUGCUGCAGAUCCUCAUUUUCAUACUGCUGAAGCUCCCAUACAAGCUGAUGAGGAAGACUAAAAAAUACGCAAAGAAACUGAGAGCACGCAAGAGAGGAACGAAGAUCAUGCAAAUAGAGAUGCCAAGAAAUAGAGACGAAAGCUUCACCAGCCAUGGUGGAUCCAUCAGAAUAGAAUCCAUUCGAUUUGGGUGUUGCAUGUCUGAAAUCGAGCGCGUCUUGGAUGAUCUUUCGAGUAGGGGUGAGUUUGCUUUUGGAAGUUUUUGGGCUGGAGAAGUUGCUUCAGACACAAGUUUCCCUUCUUGUUUUAACAAUGAUCAGAUUGAUUAUGAUGUUGUUGGCUGCCGUUUGAUGGAGUUAUUUGGCACUGCCAACUUCUCUUCACAGCAUUGAUUCCUUUAGAUUCUGUCCUUAUUUAGAAAGAAUAUCCAAAAAUAGUUCUUGCAAGAAAUGCCAUGAUUCCUUUAUUGUUUU